GGCUAAACCACGUGCGAUAUGAUGGCUACCUUUAAAAAGAAAGAUUGGAGCUCUGAGAGCGUCUCUCUCCUUACUGGAGUGAGCCAGGUGUCUCACAGUGGAGUUUUUACACAGGACGGAAGACUUUUGUUAGUGCCUUGUGGAGCUAUUGUGAAAGUGUAUUCUAUUGAGACUGGAAGGAUAGUUAGAGAGCUCAUAUCAAAAUAUGACGGCCUUAUAACUCAUCUUGAACUGGGGCAAUCGAAAGCCAAUAAAGUAUAUGCUUCUUAUAAUGAUGGGCACAUUGUUGUGUGGGACUAUUCAGAUGGAGGGUUGCUUAAGAGUUUUAGUUUUGACUGUCCCGUUCUUUAUUUUGCUUCGAGACGACACGGUAGCAAUCCUUCUCUGCUUUUUGUCACAGCUGACAGCGAAAAAAUGAAUUACAGUGUUAUGUGUCUGAAUGGUUGCUCUCUUAAUGAUAUUAAGCAUAAUUCAACAAUGAAAUGUAUCAAUGAUGAGAAUGUUCCAAUUAUCACUGUCGAUGAUGGGGCAAUUAAUAAAUUAAUUUUCACAUUCGACUAUUCAAGCAUUGUCACAUUUUGCAACAAAGUCCUCUAUGUAUAUGAUAUUGAUAAAGAUAAAUUAUUCGAGUAUAACAAUUCAUUCUCCAUUACUUGUGUUGCCACUCAUCCACAGAAGCACUGCAUUGCAACUGGUGAUACUUAUGGGAAAAUCCUCCUUUGGUAUAAUUAUGGUAUGAGGGAGGAGUCUGUUGUCACGACGACUCAGCUACACUGGCACCCUCAUGCAUUAGGUGAUAUUGGUUUCUCAACUGAUGGUACGUAUCUCCUCUCCGGCGGUGAAGAGGGUGUACUGGUACUGUGGCAAGUGGAUACCGGGAGUAAACAUUUCCGACCUCGUUUGGGCGCUCCUAUUGUAGAUGUGGCUUGUAGCCCUGGCGACCGUGUCUAUGCAGUUAGUUUAGCUAAUAAUGCAAUACAGUUGAUCUCUGGAUUGGAUAAUGAGAUCAGGCACACAUUGAUAUCACUCUAUCGCUCAUUGCCUGGCAUGGGGUACGAAGAGAGACUCAGUACUGGCCUCAUGUACGACCCUCGCUCAAAGUCUUUGGUUCUUAAUGGACUCCCUGGUCACCUUCAAUUUGUUGAUAUCAAUACACUGACAUUGAAGACGCAGUUGGAGGUGGUGUCACUGAAUUAUGUCUCACGUACAGAUGAGAAGAGCAUUGUACCGACUGUUGUGAGUCUUGCCUGCUUCUCACCAGCUGGUGACUGGAUGGCAUCAGUUGAUAGUUGGGAGCCUAAAGGAUUCGCUCAUGAAAUUAAACUAAAGUUUUGGAAAUUUGAUAAAAAUCAACAAAGGUAUAUUCUGAGGACUAUAGUUGAUCCUCCUCAUCAGAGCUCUGUUACUAGUCUCAGAUUCAGACCCAAUCCCUCAAGGAACGGGAAUCAGUUUGUGUCCAGGAAUGGGAAUGAGUCAUCCUUGCCUAAGAGGUAUACCCAGUUGAUGCUGGCCACUACAGGACUUGAUGGAAAGUUCAAAUUGUGGGUCCAAGAUGAUAAGACAGAAGAAAAAGGGGAUUCUUGGAUUUGUGAAUCCGCUGGGCAUUAUUACGACUUUCCUUGUAAUGGCUGCUGCUUCAGUGAAGAUGGAUCAAUACUGGCAGUCAAUUUUGGAAAAUAUGUGACACUAUGGGAUCCUGUGGCUAUGAGUUUAUUGCAAGUAUUAGGCAGUUCAAUACCCAAUGACACCUUCAGGGAGGUGUGUUUUUGUCAUUCCGACUCUUCCCAUUACUUAUUGAUGGCAUCAAAGCGUCACUUUCACAUGUGGAACCUUCUCACAUACGACAUUGAGUUAGUGUUGCCUAUUUGUGUCGAUGUCAUGGUAACUGAUCCUUACUCAAACGUUGCUGCCAUCUUCACUUCAACCGUCACAACAUCAAAAACAUCUGUAAAAUUGAUGAUAGUGUCUCCUCUUUCUCCAAAACCACUUGCUACAUACAAAGACUUUUCGUCUUCGUCAAUUCAAGCUGCCGUUUUCCUCCCUGCUGCCAAAAGUGAUGGGAGACUAUCAUCUCAGCUUUAUUUCAUGGACCAGAAGCAGUGCUUGUACACUGUUACUGGGAAUGAGCCAAUCUCUACUGAUGAAUCAGCUGAGUUUCCAUUUGAUGCUUAUGAUGUCCAGAGGAACAGGCGAUGGUUCAAUGAGAUAUUUGGACCCAGUAGAUCGGUGCCCUCAGUAGCCAAGACCCCGGCUCAUGUUAAUCAAAGAGAGAAUAAGAUUCUAUUGACUUCACCCCUUUCCCUUCCUCCCAUGAGCAUAUACUGUAAAACCUAUCUCUCGUCCCUAUUGCCAAAGACCAAACCCACAAACUUUGAAGAAGGUUGUCCCGAGUCGAUGAAUAUUGACGAAGUUAGAGAAGAAAAGGCGGAGACAUCAGAUGAGGACGAUGAGGAUGUAAAGCCACACCUACAUCAGAGAGAUGAACCCAAUGAAGUAAAGACAGAAAGAGAUGAAGUCGAUAGCAGGAAGCUUGACGUAAUGAUUGGUAAUUAUCAAUGGUUGACUGAUUUCUUUAGAACCGAGCUAAACUGUACAUAAAUAUAUAUAACUAGAUCUACGUAUAAAAGUUUGUACAUAAUGAUUAUUUAAUUUGCUAAGAGUAUAAAAUGUUUAUUUUUAUACAAAAUACACGAUCUGUCAUACGUUUUCUUCAUUUCUACCAGUAAUAAAG